AUUUCACCUGAAAACAAUUUUUUCACUUAAAAACUUGGCCCUAGAAGAACAUCAGCUGAAAAAGGGUUCCUUUAGGAUGUUUUAGAAAUUAACCCUAGAAGAAGGAAGGAAAGAUUUGUAUAGAAUGGGAAGAGGGAAGAUUGUGAUUGAGAGGAUCGAUAAUACAACGAGCAGACAGGUGACCUUCUCGAAGCGAAGAAAGGGAUUGAUUAAGAAGGCCAAAGAGCUGGGAAUUCUCUGUGAUGCAGAGGUUGGUGUUCUUAUCUUCUCCAGCACUGGGAAGCUCUAUGAAUUUGCAAGCACCAGGUCCAUAUCUUUCUGACAUUCUUCUGCUAUACUUUUUCUCCUUUUGUUUUUUGGGCCUUUUUUGUUGGAAUUAUCAAUGCGAAAACAGAAAAACUCUUUCAUUUCCAAGCUUAUUGGCGUUCAGCAUCAAAACUACUGUUAAUAUAUAUAAAUAUACACACUUAUAGUUG